UACAAAACAGUCAGCUCAGUAGUUGGUUGCAAUCACAAUUCACAAUGCAGACAAUCAAAGUAGCCAGCGCUUUCGCGGUAUGGGUCAUGGCCUCCACAUGUGCCCAGCCCAUUUCUGAGGAGACUGUCUCGAAUAUACCAUCAGCUUCAUUAGAAACAGAAAUAGCGAACACGACAGAAAUUCCAAUUAUGUCGUCGAUUCCUGACACACCGGUCGUGCAGAACGUCACCGAAGAUCUUUGUAGUUGCUAUGUAGCCGUGAACAGGAUAUGCGUUAACACAACACUGCCAGAAACAUUGGCAGCAGCCGUAGAGGGAGAUGUUGUAUCUAUAUCCGGCAACUACGCAGCAAGCGAGCCCAUGAAUAUAUCAGUAUCGUUAACACUACAAGGCAUCACGUGCGGUGAUAAAAUAUCGCAAAUCACAACACUUUUCAAAACUGAUACUCCACUUAUACCCGAAAGUAGAGAAGCCUCGUCACAGAAGUAUGCACUAUUCAAUAUUGUGGCCGCAUCCAUUUCUGUUACUUUGCAAGACCUGAAACUGCAGCGAGGUCAGCAUGAUGCGGAUUCGUACGGAACUGCUCUAUAUAGUGAAUUUGGAAUAGGAUUGGAGCUGAAGAACGUGGAGAUCUCCAAUAUGCGAGCUUUCUCACAUGGUGGUAGCGCCGUGUACAUUGCAACUGCUGUGGGGUCGGUGCACUUCGAUGACCAAACUAAAAUUAUAGACAACAGUGUAGCCGACGGGGGAUGUAACGAAGACGACGUGCUCGACCCUUACUGUCCGGCACCCAAUGGAGGGCCUGAUUUGCACCUGUGCCCGGAUAGAUGUUUCGGUGGUGGUGGUGCAGUCUGGAUUGGAUCGUGCUUCGGAGCUGAGACUGAUGUUAAUGUCAGCGCCAAUUUUCACAACAACUAUCACGAGUUUGGCCACGGUAUGGGUGGCGCUGUAUUUAUGGACUGGGUCCAGUGCGAGGUCCACUUUGUAGGUAACUACACAAACAACACGUCAUCCGAUGGAGGUGCGAUCCACAUUGAGAGUAUCCAGGAAGGGGGCUCGAUCGAGUUCGAUGGUCACUACGAGAAUAAUCAGGCCGUGGAAGGCGGAUGGGGCGCUCGCGGGGCUGCCAAUAGAGUGCGUGAUAUGGUUGAUGGCAGCACUCUAGCCAUCCGCGGCACUUACAUCGGCAAUCGUGCGGCCGGGCGGGGUGGUGUCAUGGCACAAAACAACAUUGACGGAACAGUCACAAUGGAGGUCGUUGCAGAAGGCAAUGUGGCGACGAGAGGAUCGGCUACAAGUGUGCACGGGGUGAUAUCUGAGGCGUCGAUAUACACUCUGGCAAAGGAGUGUGUGUUCACUGAUAACGAGGUCGAGGAUGACACUCUAACUGAUAUCAAUCUGUACAACGAACACGACAUCUCAGAAGUCGAAUUCAACGCCGACUACUACAACAAGGUAGACUAUGUUGUACGCAUCCAAACAGACACCCCAACAGACACCCAAUAGCCACCGCCAACUUCAGAGAACACCAACUUAGUCCAGCUGCUGCCACAAUCAGAGCUCAGUUUUAUAUACGUAAACGAAUAAACAAACAUAUUAGUAUAUAGUGUAUUUCAGUCGUUGCAUCAAUCAGAGCUCAGUUUUAUAUAC